AUGGAGAAAUACACCAUUCCUAUUGAAAAGGCUGUCGAACUGACGCCAGUGUCUUCGGAACCAGAUAACUUCACUAACGUUCAACCGCUGUGGAGCUUCGCGGGCGGCUAUGGAGUCUACGGCGGAUCAACUGUUGCCCAUUGUCUUGUGGCCGCUCAAAAGACCAUCCCAAGCGACUAUGUCGCCCACUCUCUCCACUGCAGCUUCGUCAGUCCCGGUAAUCCAAAGCGACCGAUUGAAUAUCGUGUUGAACGUACGCGCGAUGGAAAAAGUUUCAUCACGAGGACUGUCCACGCCACCCAGAAAGCCGGGGUGAUCUCCGAGGCAAUCGUUAACUUUAUGCGGGCGGGAACAUACAGUAAUAACAGUGAUAUUAACAACGAAGGAACACUAAAACAUGGGAGAACAAUGCCCAAGGGCUUGGCACUACCCGAUCAAGAAGAGAUGAAUGGGAAGGGGAUCCGAUACUGGGUACGGGCCAAGGACACCAUCCAGCAAAGCAGUCCUCACACCCAGCUCGCGGCGCUGGCAUACAUGUCAGACGCAUAUUUUAUUGGUGCCGCAGUUCAAGUACAUGACCUAUCGGGUCAAACAUUCGGGACUAAAAUGGCUAUGGCAGCUAGUCUGAAUCAUGCAAUUUACUUCCACCACCCCGAAGCGGUGCGGGCGGAUGAGUGGAUGUGUUCCGAAAGAGAGAGCCCGUGGGCUGGCAACGAUCGUGCGCUGGUUAUUCAGAGGAUUUGGUCUUCUAACGGGAUUUUGGUGGCCACAUGUGUCCAAGAGGGACUCUUGCGUGUCCAAGUGCCCUCCGAGAAGGUGAAACUGUGA